CAGAGCUGAGCUCGAGUCGGUGCCGUUACAGGAUUGCUCAAUGGUUGUGUCACCAGGAGGCUGGACUGGUUGGGCAGAGUGUUUGAGCUCUGAGCUCAACAUCACCGGAGCUCACUCACUCUCUGCCUCUCUCCGAGUGUGAGGCGGUCUCUCUUUCAUUCUCUGUCUCUCUUUCUUUCUCUCUCUCUCCCCCCGCUCUCUCAGUCUGGACUCUGAGGGAUCGGGAUUUUCUCACUAGAAGUACACGGACCUCAGAGCCACGGGCAUUCGCUCUCCUGAAAAAGGACGUGGGUCGGAUUAUUCCUGAAUCCGCUGAAGUUUCAUUUAUAGCUCAACUAGAAUGGAUCUCGCACGGAGAAAUGGAGCGCAACGUUUGUAGUCUAUUUUAAAAAGGACACAUACUAAAGCAGUCGGGAUCUCGUUUUUUGCUUUGACGGUGAAUCGGUCCAUCAGGAUGAACUUGCAGUGGAGCAGCCCGGCACCCUGCAUCCGCAUCGGGAGAGUCGCGCACAAGCGGCUGGACUCAGACGAUCAGCCGCCGGCCAAAUGCGCCAGGCUGAGCUCCGAGGCGGGGGACACACAGGGACUCCUGGGCACCUCUCCUGGUUCCCCGGUGAGCCCCGUCUCAAACUCUUUCCCGGCGACCCACCAGGGGCCAUCCAGGAUAGGACCAUUUCUGCUUCUACCUCUAACGGACCGGGAGAGCGUGCACAGCGCGAUGAACACCGACACCGGCGAAGAGCAGCUGUGCAAGGUCUUCGAUAUGGGUGUGUACCAGGAAAAGAUUAGAGCCUACGGGAUCCUGCCAGCCCACAAGAAUGUGGCCGGAGUCAGGGACAUCAUCCUUGGCGAACGCAAAGCCUACGUGUUCCUGGACAAGGACUUUGGGGACAUGCACACCCUGGUGAAAAGUUGUCGCAGGCUGGACGAGGAGCACGCCUGCAGGCUCUUCCGUCAGGUGGCCCUGGCUGUGGCACACUGCCACCAGGCGGGCAUCGUGCUGGGUGACCUCAAACUGCGAAAGUUUGUCUUUGCAGAUGAGAAAAGGACACAGGUGAGACUAGAAAGCCUCGAGGACUGUCGCGUCCUAGAGGACCCCACCGACGACUCCAUGUCAGACACUCACGGCUGCCCCGCCUACGUCAGCCCAGAGAUCCUCAGCGGCUCCGCGCCUUACUCUGGCAAGAUGGCCGACAUGUGGAGCCUGGGGGUCAUGCUGUACACUAUGCUGGUUGGCCGCUACCCGUUCCAUGACCCGGACCCGGCCACGCUGUUUUCCAAAAUCCGCAGAGGCCAGUGCUGUUUGCCAGAGGGCUUGUCGCCCAGGGCCAAGUGUCUGCUCCAGAGCCUGCUGAGGAAGGAACCCUGGGAGAGACUCACGGCGACUGAGCUGCUUGCUCACCCGUGGUUCCACCAGCCGCCGUCGUCGCAGGAAGUGGCACUGGGUGAACAGGAAGUGAGCUCGGCAGAACAGAUGGUGCCAUCCUUUAAUGUGGAAGAGGAUGAUGAUCUGUUCUGCUGACGGACUCGAUUCAGCCGAGACUGGCUGAGGGACCAAAACAGGAAUUGCUAUGAGGGAUCCAUUGUUGUGGUUUUACAAUGGCACAUUUUAGAAACCCCAUUUGUUUCAUUAGCUUUCUACAAGAACUCACUGUACUGUAUUUUUCUUGUCGUAUGUGUAUUACUUGCUACGGGCAUUGUUCACCAUGAUCCUUCUUUAUGUAUGUUUUUGAAAUUAUUUGGUGCUAAAAGAAACAACAAGGACUUGAAUUUGCCAGAUUACGUUCACAAAAUAAUCUCUGCAGGCUACUAUGAGUGUAUCACAGAGAAUUAACCCAUGGCAAACAAUAGUCACCGGUGCUUGCUCUCAGCCUGGACUCACAAGGCUUCAGAAAGCAUUAGAUGAAUCCUGAAUGGGAGGCGAGGAGACGUGACGUGACAUUGUUCCUCUCACUCUAGUCUCCGACCAGGCUGGAGGCUCCGCCGGGCUGACUCACGGACCAGCUCGUGGAAGGCCUAGCACAAGCUUGACGUCUCGCAGCAGGCAGUGUCAUAGAGUGAGAAAGACGCUUAGCAGAGGACUGAUGUGUCACACUCAGCGGGGGACGCUACGAAGGUGUCUCACUGCCAAUCUGGCAACGUCUCAGCAAGUAGAGCGCUUUUACAAAUCUCACACCCUUCACAGAAGGUUGAGAACAGCAGGAUGUUACGAGUGUAAAACUCACUGAGAAGUCACACACACACACACACACACUCAAUAAUAAGCAGUGGUACUGGGCGAACACAAGUCCUUGUAAAUGGCUAACAGAGGAAGUUAGAUAAUUUUAACAGUUAAAACUAAAUCAUUUAGCUAUUCAAAAACAUGCUCAUAUCUGAAUUUAUCAUCUAAAAAGGUUGCAUCAGAACAGGAAGUGUCUAUUAAAUGUGACUGUAAUCAAUCUGUUCAGCUCCUCUGAAACGCUGCAUGUGCAGUUAGCCCACACUAAUGCUUCUUCAAAUAAAAUCAGACUCGGUCACAUGCCUUUGCAGCAACAGGGAUGCUUGGAUACAUCUUAAGUCUAAAUGCAUGCUGCAUUUCAGGGGGAAAAGUUCAAAUGAACAGACAAUUCAAAUAGUACUUCCACUUGAAUUACAACGCCAUGGAGUUAUCUCUCAAUCCAACAAUGUUGUGUUUUGUUGUUUUCAGAAAUGUGUCAAAAUAUCCAGUUAGGAAAGAAACCUACUUCUGAAAAAUGAAGACUUUCUCAGUUGAGCAGUUGAACGUGUUUUGUUCAUUUCUGUUGGAACAUUAUGUCCAGCUGUGCUGCUUUAACAAAGCUGAGCGGUGCGGAGUGUUGUGCCCGUAUCACUGUGUUUCAUAAACUGAAGGGCUCUGAAUCAGUCGCAGUCAGGCGAUAUUUGAUGUCGGUUGUCUAAUGAUGACUCAACACUUGAGCGAGUCUGUAGAAAAUGGUCCUGACCUUGGCUGGAAGAAUCUGUUCCGACUGUUUCACCUCUUUUAUGGUACUUUCUUUUCCCUUUGAUUUUUUUGCCGUUGGAAGCUGUAUCCAAGGAGACUAGUCAUCAUAGUUGGAGACAUGAUGCACCACGUUCUUAAAAAGACGUUUUUGUCUUGGAUUGUGACAGGCGGAUGCAGAGCUUCAGUGACGUUUAUCCUUGCAGGCUCGAUCUGCAGCCAGCUAUUUCAUUCUGGCACAAUCAUUUUUUUGAAGACGGUACUAAAAAUCGGGCAUAUCUGAGAAGCGCUGUGCAUUACAUGUGUGGGUCAACCAGUAGGUUAAUAAAACGUCUGCUGCGGUUCUUUAAUUAUUAUUCCCCCUCAUCUGCUCGGGAUACCAGAUGGGAACGGAUUUUGUGACAAUCUGAAUUUUUGUUCCUGGCAGAAAAGUAAUUUCAGAGAUUUAGGAUUUUGUUCCUGGUUCGUACAAGCAGAGUCACACAUUCAUGUGACACGUAGAGUAAACUGACACGGGUGCACAUACUUCAUAUUGCACUGUGAAUUAUGUAUUUGUGACACAACCUAGAGGCUAUUACUGGUCCAGACGGGUUACAUACGAGAUAUAUUCAUUGUACAAAAAGGUGUAAAUAUGUAUAUUAGAAAUAUGUGUGGAGAUGUUGAAUAAAGAUCACAUUUUUUUCAUAUUAA